AUGAUCCUAUUGUGCCUUUAUGUUGAUGACUGGCAACAACAGCAAGGCAAUUGCAGAAUUGAAAUCAUGAAAUAUGAAUUUGAAAUGAUUGAUUUGGGCAAGUUGAGUUACUUCCUAGGCAUGAAGUUUACUGAGACUAAAGAAGGGUUGUUGAUUCACCGGAAGAAAUAUGCAGGAGAGAUCUUAAGAAGAUUUAAUAUGGCUGAUUGCAACCCUGUUGUCACACCCAUUGAAGUGAAUGCAAAGUUGGGAACAAAAAUUGAAGAAGAGUUGGUUGAUUCAACUAUAUUCAAACAGGUUGUGGGUUCCCUAAGAUACUUGUGCAAUACAAGACCUGAUAUUUUUUUUAGUGUGGGUGUGGUAAGCAGAUUCAUGGAGAGACCCAAACAUUCUCACCGACUAGCAGUGUAG